UAAUCAAACCCAAAGCCACGGAGACCUGCAAUUUACCCGAUAAAGAAUUCAAAAUAGGCUCCGCAACAAGAUGGCAGAUGAUAAAGAAAGGGAAGGCACAGAGUUAGUUGUAACAGAAUUUCACAAAAAAAUCAAAGACGCUUUUAAAGUGUUUGACCCUGAGGCGAAUAAUACAGUGGAUGUGAGAGAGAUCAGGAACAAUUAUCAGGUCGCUAGCAAAGGAGAGCUGCAUGACCUGACUGCAGAGGUGUUAGAUCCAUCCAAACGUGGAUUUCUAACUAAGGAAGAAUUCGUCAAGUAUAUGACUGAAGAAGGUGAGCCUUUUUCUCAGGAAGAAAUGGAAGAAAUGUUGUCCGAUGCAAUUGACCCAGAAUCGAAUUCCAUUCGUUACAAGGACUACAUAACCAUGAUGCUGGUAGACGACGGCUAGGUGCCCUGAAGACUUAAUU